AGGCUUGAAACCAUACAAAAUGCAGGUCAACUCUUCCUCCACCAUCGUCCAGAUGUCUCCGCCCAUUUGUUCCCCGAACUCCUCCUUCUUUCCUGUCCUUUUUUCAUGCUUCAAUGAAGAACCCUCCAGCAUUUUGAUCACCACUCUCACCUUUACCAACUUCCUGCUGAGCUUUCCUGUGUGCGUCCUCAUCUUCUGGUUGGGUUUCAGACAGUGGAGGAACAGCUGCUCAGCUCCAGAACCGACCAGUCACACCGAUGUGUUCACCUACUGCAUGGCCGCUGUGGACAACAGCUACACUUUGGGACUUUUGUCUUACUACUAUGCCGUGCAGGCUUGAUGUCCUUCAAUAUGGCCGUCAACUCUUCCCCCAAUGCCUUCUUCACCUCAUCGGCGUUGUGCGCAGACAACUUCUCCCUCUAUCCGGUCAUUUUUCGGUGCAGAGACGAGCACAGGACCUCCGUAAUCCUGACCACGCCGCUCAUUCUCAUCAACGUUCUCCUCAUCUUUCCGUUGUGCGCCUUCAUCCUCUGGACAGGUCUCAGACAGUGGACCGGCUCUGUCUCAGAACCAGCGACCCACACUGAUGUGUUCACCUACUGCAUGGCAGCUGUGGACAUCGGCUGCAUGUCGGGACUUGUCUUGUACUUCCUGAACUUGUACGUCUGUAAAUUGAUGAUCACUUUGUUUGCGUACUACAAUUUGAUAUUUUCGUUUACUGGACAGACGAUUUUCCAUGUCCUGACGUGUGUAGAGCGUUACCUGGCCGUGGUUCACCCCAUCACCUACAUGAGGCUGAAAAAGGCUCAGUGGGUCCGGAUCAGAAACGUGGGCAUCGCUGGUGUGUUCCUGGUUAGCUUUGCGAUGGUGGGCUUCGGGGUGCAAAUGUUUCCCAUGUUUCCAGGUGACGUGAUGUUUUGUACCAUGGCCUUGGUUGUGGUCAUCGUCUGUUACUGCACGGCCGCCGUGUUCUGUGUGCUCAGACGGCCCGGUUUGGGGAGUGAUGAAUCAAAGAGGAGGGCGUUCCACACCGUGACGGCCAUCACCGCGGUGAUGCUGAUAAGACUCGGAGGGCAGUACUUCUCUGUUACCUUGUUAAGCUCUGGGGAAAACGGCGAGUUAGAUUACUGCGUCGGUUUCCUUUCUGGAUACUGGCUGUGUUUGCCGAGUAAUCUGGUUCUACCUGUGCUGUUCCUGCAAAAAAGAGGAAUCCUGAACCAGUUUAGCUGCAGAAACCGAUCCUGAACCACUUUCCUUGUCAAAACAAGAAUCUUCAACCAGUUUAGUCGCAGAAACAGGAAUCCUGAACUAGAAAAGUUGUAGAAAUAAGGAUCCUGAACCAGUUUAGUUGCAGAAUUAGGGAUCCUGAACCAGUUCAGUGGCAGAAACAGGGAUUCUGAACCAGUUUAGUUGCAGAAAAAGAUUCUCAAAUAGUUUAGUCACAGAAACAGGGAUCCUGAACCAGUUUAGUUGUAAAAACAGGGAUCCUAGACCAGUUUAGUCACAGAAUUUCGGUUGCAGAAACAGGAAUUCUGAACCUGUUUAGUUGCAUAUCAAUACAGAGAAACGACUAAAACGAACCAGAAUAUGACUAGAAAGAAUAUUAAAAAAAUGUAACAAGACUUAUUUUUCAUAGACUUUAUGGUUGUUGGAGAUUUUAGACUCUGCUUCAUAUUUUCAGAAAUGCUGGUUACUGUUGAAAUAAUCAUUUUUCUUCGCUGUCAAACAUCACUGACUGUCUGGUUUGACUUGGACAGUUCUGAGGAUACACAUUAGAACUGAACCUCUGGAGCUGUAAACUGGUACAAACACUGUUUUCCUCAGUGAUUGUUGAUAUGGAUGAAGUCCUGUUCAAUAAACUA